UGUGUGUGAACUCUUCCCUCUACAUCCUAUAUUUGCGUGAUACAUAAAGCUUUAUUCAUAUCAAGUUCACGUUUGAGUCACAGACAUUUUAUCAUCUCUUCAGAGUUCACGUAUAGACGUCUUGUGUUGUAUCGCGUCUACAUUUUCAAUGUCUCGAUCCUUCCGUCAGCAUUUGUGUAGAUGCAAGAAAUUGAUUGCGAUAUAUAUAUGCGCAAUCAUCUCGUACUCCCGCGCGAAUGCUGCACAUUUUUGCGCGACGCCGAGCGUAACAAUCGUAGUCGAGAGCUAUCACACACGUUUGAUCUAAUAGACAGCCGGAGGCUGCAAUGGCUGGACCGCCGGGUCUUUCCGCGAGAUCCUCUUUAUUCCACUCUUCGUCUAUCGUAUAAUAUCUGUUCAUUGUCUCGCCGCCUAUACAAUGAGGAAGACAUUGCGGUACUUCGCGUAGAGAAAACAGCGUGAGUUAUCGUAACUUGCAGGUUUAAUCCCUGCGAGAAUGCUCGCGGAAUAAUGCGUCUUAGAGAACACGUUUUAUGACUCUCGCUGGGAUUACAUUCUUCAGAGUUUCAAAUUACAUUUUCCAUACGAGACAUUUAAAAAGACUUCGAUGACUUUGAUGUUAAACAUAAUUAAAGUCGUAACACACAUACACGUAUGAAACAAAUUAUAUGUACAGCUUCGAGGAGUUUUCUCUCUCAUGUUCGAACCAUCAAGUAUAUCGCGAUCAAGUUUACUAUCAUACUUUCGAAUAUGAUAGCGGAUAUAAUGACGAUAAGAGAAAAGUGCGGGCAACAAUUAGAGCGGAAUGCAGUGAGCGAUAGUGCAUGCAAUGAGCGAUUAAAAAAAAAUGUGAUCAGUUUUCUCUAUACACGCGCGAAAGACCAGUAUGGAGCGAAAGUCCUACAUCUUUGACAGCCCGCUUAUAUGAAAUUGUCAUGUCGCGUGCAAUCACGUGACAACGAUUAUUAAUUGGUGCAAUAUUAAUUUAGCAGACUCAUGCAAAGUUCUCUUGCGUCUCAAUAUAUCGCUGUAACUUAAUGAACUAAACGUUGACGUCGAUCCUUGAUAUUGAUGUUAGAAUAAAAAUAACUUCUUGUGGAGGGAUCGUUACGAUAUAUAACUUUACGUCGAAGUGUUGGAACAGGCGGCACUUCCGACGUCACUUUUUGUUGUCUUUUGCCGAAGAAAUCGUGCAGAAAAACGCUUAGUGUUUUUCAAAGCAGGCUUUUACAAAAAUACGCAAACAGGUCCUUCUCACGGAUAACUGAUCCGCAAUAGAAACGGGUCCAAAAUGCCGCUCCACUUUUGGUCGCAGUAUACACACAGUAACCGGGUUUAAAAAAGAAAGAAAUUUCGCACCGAUAAGAUAACACACAUGCGAGAUACGAUCAUUACUCGGUGGCGAUUUUAUCUGCAUUACCGCCGUUUUACCGCGAUUCUUAGAAUUGUUUUCUCAUGCGCGCAAAGAACCGUUCAGAUUUCCGCGGUGCGCAGAAUAAUCAUCCUCCUCGCGUUGGAAUUUGUCAUCCAUAUAACGAUGUUCGGAUAUCUCGUAAAAAACGUUAAAAAAUGUUAAAUUACGAUUUUUGUAUAGAAUAAAAUAUUUUUUUGAAAAAUACGCAAAGUUUGUUCACUCUCGUUCUUCUGCUAUCUCGAAAAACACAUACAGAAGUGAGUCACAAUCAUAAAGUGUGUUAUCGGCGCUUUCGGAGAUUUUAUAGUUUUUACGUUUUUUAUUUAUUUUUAUUUUAAAAAAUUAAUUGUUACGUUACUUUUUUUAAUGACACACACCAGCCCUAUCUCUCGAUAAUUAAGUUAAUAACUUAACUGCGCUUGUUGCACUUGGCUGUCAUAUGUUAUUCAUCAAUACAUACGCGAUAUUAUAUACAAGACUUAAAAAAGGUGCUUUUUCUUUAUAAGAAUUUUUUUAUUGUUUCAAAAGUGUUGAAUUAUCAAAAUUUUCUGGUAGACAUAAUCGCGUGAAGAGAUUUUUGCGAAAACGAAACAUCUCGCUUUUACGAGAUCGAGUAUAGAAGGAUCACACGCGUAUACGUCGGGAGAAGCUGACGAUAAGAAUAAGCCAGCGCGUGAUAAGGAAUGACGUAAUCAUCCGACAGGACGUUCAUAUUCACGUAAAACCGGAAUUUUGCGGUCGGUUGGCCGGUAGCAAGUAUUCAUUAACGUCGGCAAUAAUACAAUAGCUGUUCCCUUAGAUAAUAUUUCUUGUGUUUGUCACAAAAGAGUAGACAUUUAUGAGUUACGUCGUCCGCCUAAUACGUAGCUUUCCGUUUUUUUUCUGCGGAAAAUCGAAUUGUAAGGAAAAACAUUCUAAAAAUUAUCUUGAAAUUAUGGUCUUUGUCGUGUACAGUAAAGCGCAAGAAUGAUGAUUUGCGCUCAAAAUUGUUUUAAUAUUUAUGCAUACAUUUGUUCUGUAAAUAAUUUAAUUAUUAUUGCGCUAUACAUUAUACAUAAAGAAUGAAAAGAAUCCGGUGACUCAUUCUGUAAACUAAACUAUAUUUUGCGAGCGCAGACGAAAAUUAUCAGCGCACUUUUUGAAGUCAAAUGUGUAUCGCAUUGUUUUUUGUAGGAAAUAUUUUUUCUAGUUUUUAUCAGACUAGAGAGAAAAAGAAUAUCUUGAUAGUAAAGAUAUAUACUUCAAAACUAGACUUGAACUUUGUCGUCAUUUUUAUAAAAAAAACACGCAUGCCGACGCGAUCGAUCCAAGUGUUCAUUGUCCCGUUAUCGUUAUCACGUAGUCAUGACGACGAAGGGGGACUUGCCGGUGCGCGACACGACGUUCCCUUUCACGAGCAAGCCGGAUAUCGUUAAACGCUAUCGGUGACAACCUUUACCGUCGCCGAUCAUUGUAUGACAACGAUCGUGUCACAAGGGAGAACAAAGGAUGGAAACCGAGGUCCGAACGCUCAAGCAAGAAUUAGCGCGCACCCGGGACGAUUUGAAGGCCGCGACGAAAAGAUGUCGGGAACUGAUGAAAGAGCUAGACCAUCGUACAGCCGGCCACGAAUCCGAAAGGAUUCUGCGAGAUCAACAGCUCUCGAAGAUAUUACGGGCAUUAUUGUUCCUAGAAGCGCGCCUCAAGCAAGAGCAGAAGUCAAUCAGGCAGAUGCUCUGCGAGAAGGACAAUGUCAUCAGAAACCAGCAGCUGGAGAUCGCAAUGCUCAGGCGGUACACUAAAAAUUGUAUCAAGAGCAAACGCGAUCACGCGACACUGCCUGCGAAUGUCCUGGUUAACACUGAUAUCAACAAAAAUCCGCACAAUUCGGAAAAUUCACAGGGGCAAGCGAUGCAAAUGAGCGGCAUCGGCAAAAAUAUUGCAAGCCUCAAGUGCGAAAUAAUCACGCGACUGAAUCCAUCAUCGUGCAUUCUAGACGAGCUGGGUCACAAUAGCGUGAAGAAGACGCACAGUUUUGCAGGCAGCGAUAUCUCUAAGGCCAGUUUGACCAGCAGCGAGAACACAGACGCGUCUAUUAUCACCACAACAACAGAAGGAAGUCCGUCGUUGCUGAGCACAGAGGGUUUUUGCGAGGGCGAAAGCACGGAUGUGUCGCCUGGUUCCACCUUGAACAAGUGCUCGAGCAGAUGCACACCGACGACAAUAACCGACAGCGAGAACGAGACGACGAUGAUUCAAGGCGAGGACGAGGAAGACGUGAUAGAGGAGAACGAAAUGAUGACGUCGACGAUAAUGACGACGAAAAGAAGAACGUCCCUUCGCAGGACGAAGGGUUUGAAAACAUCGUCUAAAUGUGCUGAGAUAAACGAAGUGGUCAAUAUCGCAAGAACGGACAGCAAAGACGACGGAAUGGACUGUAACUUCACCUCGGAGAAUGAGGAGCAAGAUACAGGGAUAAAUAAUCAACAAGAAAAUGGAGAAGAACCGAUCUAUGUUAACGCCUGUAACGAGACAAACGAGAAGAAUCAACAGCAGACGGAAAUUUUGAAAACAAAGAAUGAUUACGGCAAUAAUAAUAUCGAGACGAAGAUCGAGACGUCAGAAAUGACUACAGAGGAUACCAGUGGCAACUGGUACAGCGAUCCCGACGAGGAUCGUCUAAACGAAGACGUGUUCCGACAUAGCACUUAUCGGCCAAACAGCAAUCACAACUCUGUGUUGGAGUGUGUGAAUCAGAUUCUGCUGCAGGAUAUGGAGGAGGAAGAGAACUCGAUUUUGCCGGUGUCACGACGAUUUAAACACCGCGGCAGAAUCGUGCGUUUCCAGCCAGCUAGAUUGUCCGACAUCGAAUCGGUAGGAUCAGAGAUGGAAAGAAGAAACUCCGAGGAAUUCACGACGGACAACAAGGAUUCGCCGAAAGAGGAGGAGACCGCGGAAAACGAGGCGAGCACGUCUGAAGACGAGUUUGGUAUGAAGAUUGUUCAGAAAGAUCCGGACGACGAUUCCAAAGAUUCAAAAGCGAUUCCACUGGUUAUCAUAGAACCUAAAGUCGACGUCGAGGAGACUAGAAAGAUCCUGACAAAAUCCCAAGCAAGCAAUCCACCGUUAAAAAUGGAAAGGAUCGAGGAGAAGACGUGUCUGCAGAUGUCCGCAAGGGGCUUGACCAUCGCCAAAAAUUUGGACUACGAGGAUAUAGAAUCGCUACCGGAGAUAACGACGACAUCGCCAACUCCACCGAGAACACCGCCGGCGUUGCCGCCAAAACCGCAAUUCCGCAACAACACUUUGAUUCUAAAAAAGAUUCCCAGUCCGUCGUUCUUGAUCGAUGAGAAACGGCAACAGGAUCCAAAUAACGCGGUUCCCGCAAGAAGAAGUAUUCUCGGACUGAUGUCAUCCUCAUCGUCAAAAACAUCGAGAAAUCUAAAUCUGGAGGAGGUAAAGAACUCGAACAAAAGUUCAGCGAGAAGUUCGGCAAGAGAGGCGAAAGGUCGCGAAGAGGGUGGGUUCUGGAAAAACAGGUUCAACCACGUGCGCUCGUCCUUCCAAAUAAGGCAGAGAGAGUCGGACCAGGCGAAAGACGCAGCUAGAGUGACGAACAUCGUUCGGCAUUUUGAGGAGUUCAAGAUAGGAGAGGAGCAAAUAAAAGAGACGAAACGCCCACGAGAGCGCCACGCCGAACUCGAGCAUGACCUCGACAUCCGGCAAAAUUUUGAGGAGUUCAAUCUGGAUGAGUGCGACUUAUCGGACGACCCCGAUCGAGCAGAGGGCGACGGUUCCGAAAGAUUGGGCCAUGUCGGGAUCAACUAUGUCAGGCAGAGUGAGGACAGCAUCGCCAAAAAUAACAACAACGUGCCUGCUAUCAGCAACGGCAACGAUAACGGCAACAGCGAAAGCGAAACUGGAAACAGCGGCUACGAUCAUUUCCUCGAAGCGACCGGCCUCAGCAACAAGUCGAUUCUCACGCCUUCGAGAUUACUAAGCAACCACAAGAGCAUGCUGAAGCCAAAAGACGUCAAGUACAAGAGUAGAAUCAAAGCCACGGCGGUACUAGAGAGGCACGGGGUACAGGCAACUCCGACUUGCAGCACCACAACGACACAUGUCAGACAUUGGACCGGACCAUUUGUCUGACGACUGGCUAACGUCUUACCUGGGAGCAAAAAUAUCUUUCGUCCCGUUGUGUCGGCCGACAGUUCGCCGAUAAAGACCAAGUUUCGAAGAUUUUCUCCCUCAAAAUGAUUGAUUAAAAUACUUUUUAUAAAUCACCGUAUUCAUAUACGAGUGAUUCUUGCCUCAAGAAUGCAAAUGGAAUUUUAUACAGUAUUGAAUCGAGAAACAGGAAAUCGUGUCUAUGAAAACCAUCCAUGACGAGGAAGAGUGACUUCCUGUGUUUCCUGUCUUAGUAAAUUACACACUAUUUACGUUUCCUUCUCCUUCUGUAACAUACACAUAAAUACGAGAAAGUUACGUGUUGUUUUUAUAUGUCUGUGAGAAAAAAGAUAAAUGUUAAAUAUUGUUAAAAAAUCACGAAGUGAUUUUACUCACUGUCAGUAAUUAAUUCAUGUUACUCUUAUUAGAUGAAAUGUUUAUAACAAGGUAAUUUAACUAUACCUGUGCUGUUGAAAUUAUUUAUAAAUCCUUGUAUACGGUAUCUGUAAAAAAAUUGACUUGUUCUUUUUUUAAUACAUAUUUUUGGUACAAAAUUUUUAUGUAUAAAGCGAUAUCAGAAUAAAAGUCGUUAUCUUCAUUACCUCA